AUGGCGCGAGCCUCGAGCCUGUCGCUGCUGCUCGCGCUGGUGGUCGCGGCGGCGACGUCGGCGGCGGGGGCCAGGGUGCCCGUGGACGCGGCCGGGAACGCGACGCUGAGCGAGCUCCGCGCGCGGCGGGGGCGGCGGGAGGCGCUCGAGAACGGCCUCGGCAGGACGCCGCAGAUGGGGUGGAACAGCUGGAACCACUUCUACUGCGGGAUCAGCGAGGAGAUCAUCAGGGAGACAGCUGAUGCAUUGAUCAACACCGGUCUGGCCCAAUUGGGCUAUAAAUAUGUUAACAUCGAUGAUUGCUGGGCAGAAUUAAACAGGGAUUAUCAGGGUAACAUGGUUCCAAACAAAAGAACAUUCCCCUCUGGCAUCAAGGCGCUUGCAGAUUAUGUGCACGCGAAAGGGUUGAAGCUCGGUAUCUACAGUGAUGCUGGGACACAAACAUGCAGUAACAAAAUGCCAGGAUCGCUCGACCACGAAGAGCAAGACGUGAAGACUUUCGCGUCUUGGGGAGUUGAUUAUCUGAAGUAUGACAACUGCAAUGAUGCUGGCAGGAGUGUCAACGAAAGAUACACUAGGAUGAGCAACGCCAUGAAGAAAUACGGGCAGAAUAUCUUCUUCUCACUCUGUGAAUGGGGAAACGAAAACCCUGCUACAUGGGCACGGGGCAUGGGUGGUAAUAGCUGGAGGACAACCGGCGACAUUGCUGACAACUGGGGCAGCAUGACAUCCCGUGCGGACCAGAAUGACAGGUGGGCCUCCUACGCUGGACCUGGUGGAUGGAACGAUCCUGAUAUGCUUGAAGUUGGAAACGGUGGGAUGUCCGAAGCCGAGUACCGCUCGCACUUCAGCAUCUGGGCACUUGCCAAGGCUCCUCUUCUGAUCGGGUGCGACGUGCGCUCGAUGAGCCCGCAGACAAAGACCAUAAUCAGCAAUCAGGAGGUCAUCGCUGUCAACCAAGAUAGCCUAGGCGUCCAGGGAAAGAAGGUGCAAUCCGAUGGUGGUUUGGAGGUUUGGGCCGGCCCGCUCAGCGGCAACAGAAAGGCGGUGGUUCUAUGGAACAGGCAGGGGUACCAGGCAGCCAUCACCGCACACUGGUCAAACGUCGGGCUUCCGGCAUCCGCGUCCGUCACCGCUCGCGAUCUAUGGGCGGUACACUCGUCGUUCUCCGCUCAGGGGCAGCUAUCCGCAUCGGUGGCGCCUCAUGACUGCAAGAUGUACAUCCUGACACCAAAGUAA